AGUCGCACAGCAGUCGGCGAGCUGAGCUGCGAGGAUCAUGUCGUCCGCUAAGGCUGACUUCCAGGUCCCGAAGCAGGCUGACCUAGAACGGGAGUUAUUCUUUGUAAAAAAGAAGUGGUACAACAUCGGUCUUCAGCUCGGUGUAUCAGAAGAUAGAUUGGAAGAAAUAGAAAGCGAAUGUAAUGGCGGCAAUUUCGAGAAAGGGCUUCGUUAUAUGCUUCGUGAAUGGCGCAAGCAACUCGAGCCCAGCCCCACCUGGGCCGGUUUAGUUAAGUCCUUGCGCGUAUGCACGGUGAACGAGCAAGACCUGGCGGCUAAUUUGGAAGAAAGAUUCGUUGUCGUAGAAAGUACGGACCACCAUCAAGCCCUUGCGUCGCCUGUGUCGCGAUCCUCGCCUCCGAACCUUCUUAACUGCAGUGUCGUCAUGCGGCCAGACGAAGUGCCUGAUGCGGAGGUACAGCGGCAGUUAGAUCACUUGUACAGCCUAUUCGAAGAGCUUACCAUGAAGGUUUACACCUAUCUUAGUGAGAUAAAGCUGGAUCGGAAGGAGUUUGCAGUCCUUGUCUCGUCUCAACCGCCAUCAUGGAAAAUCAAAAGGCCAAGGAAAAUACCAGAUGUCGAUUUUCAGCGCAUCAUCGACCCCAAUACAGAGUUUUUCCAAAUGUUUUGCAUAGUCAAAAGGUAUGUUAGCUGGCACAAUUACGAGCUACUGGAGAAAAUCGUAAAUAGGUUUGGAAAUGCCGACCCUUAAGCUCCAAAUGGAGAAAUACCGCACCGAAUUAGGCGAUUUCGAGCAGCAUACUAGUGCAGAAGUGCUAAAAAAUAUCCAAUUUGCAAUAGCACAGCCAGAUUCUGUCGCCAUCUUUGCAAUCCUACCGCAGCAUAACCUCAACCAAUUCGCAGUCAGUGAUAUUCGCCUCCUCAAGCACAAGAUUGCCGAAAAAGCCGACCUUGAACAGGCUGCUGUUAGCACAUAUAUGAUCGUUGAAAGCUCCGUUAAAAUUAUUUUUUCUAAUUCCAAAUGCACUUGCACCGUAUGUGAUGGUUAGUGCCCUCGCUGUCUCCCCACUCCUCACAUCCCAAGGCCCAUUGCCUGGAGAUAUUUGUAAAAGGGCUAUUUACACAAUGAAUACGGAGGAGGUUUUCUGUUUGAUGGGGAGAACCGUGACGCCGCCAGCUCUGCAAAAGUCUGGUAGCCGAUCACACAUGCGACAGAUGCGUCCGUCUGUCUCUCUGUUGUCCAGCUCUGCAUCUGAGUGCUCAAGGCUAGCAGAAGAUGGUCUUCCUGUGAUUGCAUGCAGCCAAGUUAAGGUUCACCAACACAAAGUGAUAAUGAAUGGCGACAGUGCUGUCAUCUGUAAGGCUCAGUUCCUCAGCCUUUCCUGUGCAGCCAAAUACAUCCACCCUGAGCUCAGCAAAUGUUCGAAAUGGCAAGUUGAGGAUUUCGAGAGGGGCUGCAAGCUCUUGCAGAAUAUCCGUCAUCCGAACAUUGUGUUACCUUUUGGCAUCUGCUAUGAUGAAAGUGUGGUUGGGCCCAUUCUAAUAAUGGAGCUCAUGGAUCUUAAUUUGAAAGAUUUCCUCGAGAAAUCGCACCAAAGUCCACUACCACUGCACUCACAGCUCGACCUCUGCAGUGACGUGGCCCAAGGUCUAGAGUACCUACAUUCGAACAACAUCAUUCACAGCAACCUGAAUGCAACUAAUGUUCUUGUUAAGGGAGGCAGGGCGAAGAUUGGCGGGGUAACAUCACUACAGGUGAACGCACCAGAAGCAGAGCUCUCUGUGGGCUCUGGCGCUGCAGUUGGUCUGCCUCGUAAGUCAUUUAGCAGUGGAAUUUUACAACGAAGACAUUGACUGCUUCUCAUUCGGUGUUCUUGCUCUACACGUCGUCACACGCAAAAUGCCACAGCCUCUGACAAAGAUUCUCGAACCAGAAGAUGCCACAAUCAAUGAGGUCACACGGUACAAGAUAAGUUUGGACAAAGUUGAUGACAACCACCCCAUGCGUCAACUCACUGUUGACUGCUUGAAUGAUGUGUCCUUUCAACGCCCCUCAGCUGGAGAACUAUGCAAGCGGCUUUCAGAGAUGAGUAAAUCAGCAGGUUAUCGAAAGAGUCAAAUGGCUGAUCUUCUAUCCACAAAACUAGUCAACUUGCAAAUCAAGUUCACACAAAACGCAAUCCACAAGAACGAGCAAGAGCAGAGAAAAUUGCUUGAACAGUUACAAAAGAAGGAUGAAGAAAAACGUGAAGCGGAAAUGAAAAUGGAAGUUGAUCGAGAAAACAUGCAAAACACAAUCACAAUGCUGACUCUGCACAACAAGGACCUUGAGGGAAAGGUUGCAGCAGCUAGCAAGGAGCUCGAUGAUAAGAAAACCGAAGUCAACAAAAUUUCAGCAGAUGAAGCGGAAAAGACGGCAACAAUGCUUGCCAAGAUAAAAGAUCUUGAAACAGAAAAAGCCGGUUACAAGGAAAGAGCAGAGGAAGCUGACAGCGGUUUAGCGCGAUACUUAUCCCAACAACACUAGUAUAUUAGUUUUAGACUUGGGUAUUAUAUCCCUCAACCUUUAUAUAACAAUGUAUGUACGAUGACAUUGUGAUUUUAUACUGAUGAUGUGAUGAUGAUGAUGUGGUGGAUUGAAUGGUGGGUGCGGUAAGUGGGCGGGGCUAGACUGGAGUCUCCAGGAAGUCAAGUUCUCUGAAGGAGUUUCUGAGCAUGCUCAGAGUGGAUGAGACCAGGUAGGGCCCCAGACUUCUGUUGUAGUACUCACUGCUAUGGCCUCUCCAGUCCUCUCUGGAAAUGGCGGUGACGGUGGUACCAUGAGGACAAGGCUGGAGGAGGAAAUGAGACGCCAGGUGGACCGCCCGAAUCCCCGCCCGAAGCUCCGCCUGUGGGUGGCUCACAGAGGUCGCCACUAUCAUGUAUCGCCCAGUGGGGACAUCCCUGUGCCAUGACCUCAUCAGGCAGUGGU